AUGGCAUCUGAGACAGCAACAGUAGCCGGGGCUGCUGCUCAGGGCUCGCCUUCUGCCAUGGUCGACUUCAUAGCAGGUACCGCGGGCGGUAUCGCUUCUCUGCUCGCAGGUCAUCCUUUCGACACUGUCAAGACUCGACUGCAAGCACAGUCGACCACAAUACCCCAUACCACACCGCCAAUAGACUCCCCCGGCACGGCUCACAAGUCUGUUUCAUCGUCAUCAAGUCUGCUCAAGGCCUCCACAGCAAAUCUCGACUAUCUUUCAGCGCAAACACCCCGUCAUGCAGGUGCAUCAUCAGCAACACUCACCUUUCCCCACCCUUCACCCGCAUCAAGCGCAGCAAUCCGGAUCUCGGCCCCCGUCUAUCGCUCAGCGACAGAAGCAUUCCGCAUCAUCAUCAAAGAAGGACACAUAUGGGGCCUCUACAAAGGUGUUACACCCCCCAUGCUAGGUGUAGCUGUCAUGAACGCAUCCAUCUUCGGCCUCUAUAACAUCUCUCUCCGCUAUGAACAAUCCCAUCGCAUUCUCAACGACUAUCACGUCACCCAAGUCUUCAUCGCAGGCAUGUUCAGCGGUCUGGCAAGCUCUAUCAUCACUUCGCCAAUAGACUUGGUAAAGAUUCGUGAACAGAUGAACACAAGUACUCUCAAACCUUCCACCUGGACCGUGUUCAAGAAUAUCGUCCGCACAGAAGGAGUAUCUAGAGGCCUCUACAGAGGUUGGUGUACAACAGCUGUGCGUGACUUGGGAUAUGGACCCUACUUUGCCAGUUACGAGCUACUGAAUGCACAGAUUCGGCGAUGGACAGGGAAGCCCUUGACAAACGUAGAUAUGGCGCUGAGUGGGGCGGUAGCCGGGGUGGUGGCUUGGGUGAGCACCUUUUGGGCCGAUGUGAUCAAGACUAAAAUUCAAGCGAGUUCGAGAAUUGAUGACAAAAGAACAGGCAGAACUGCGAGUCUCUUCUGGACAACGGCUAGAGGAACGUUUGCUCACGGAGGUUGGAGAGCCUUCUUUGUCGGAGUCGGGACGACGGUGUUGCGAGCGCUACCGGUCAAUGCGGUUCUGUUUGUGACCUACGAGGUCACGAAGGACUUUCUCAUUAACAAAGGCUAUUGA